CGAACGACUUCCCUUUAAAAACACUUAGAUAUAAACAUCCACGUGACCCGUCGAGACGCCAGUCGUCGCUGGUUGCGUCGUCCUUUCAGUAUUCCAAAUCGCGUCAUGCGUUUCAGUUGUUCGAAUAGUUUCAGUCGUUCGAAUAGUUUCCGUCGCGAUAGUGAUCGGAUGUGAACAAACAACUAUAAAGUAAUAAAUAAAUAAAAUAAAACGUAAAGUGUUGUAGUAAAAUUAUCAAAAAUUUUCAUUGUGAUGGUUUAACCAAGAAAAUAGGACUUGUACAAAAAUGAGUUCGUAUCAAUUCGUUAACUCUUUAGCCCAGUGUUAUGGCCAACAGGCCCGAUCUGGUGAUCAAGCUUCAAGUCCUGGAGCUGAUUAUUAUAAUCCUAACGCUGCAUCAGCGGCUGGUUACCCACCGGCUUGUUAUUCACCCCCUCAAGUUGGUCCGCAAUAUCCACAACAUCCAUAUGCAACCCCCGCGCCAGGACAUGGUCUUCAACCGACCAUGGGUGAUUACACUCAACUUCAACCCCAAAGAUUAGGGAAUCCCCAUCUUCAUCAUACAUCACCGGGCGCGCAAAGUCCCGGUAUGCUCAAUCCAUCAGCAAGUUGCAAAUACGCGGAUUCAACUUCUUCAACGGGAGUUGCAUCCCCGCAAGAUUUAAGCACCACCGGCCCACCAACUAGAAGUACACCGCCUCUUGCCACUCAAACAUCCAAUAAUAGUGGUAGUAGUGUAACCAUUACGUCGAAAUCCACGGGACUUACGUCUCCGUUAUCGGUGAAUACAUCACCAUCAGUUAAACCUAGUUCUUCAGCAACCGUUUCGCAAAAUUUAUCAUCACCAGCAUCGAGCACUAGCUCGACGUCCAGUAAUGAAAAAUCCGGUGGCAACAAUAAUAAUAGCAAGAGUGGUGGAAAUCCGAAUCCACCACAAAUCUAUCCGUGGAUGAAGAGGGUACAUCUUGGCCAAAGUACCGUGAAUGCAAAUGGAGAGACAAAGAGACAAAGAACAUCAUAUACCAGGUACCAAACAUUGGAAUUGGAGAAAGAGUUUCAUUUCAAUAGAUACUUGACCAGAAGACGAAGAAUUGAAAUAGCCCACGCACUGUGUCUUACCGAGAGGCAGAUAAAGAUUUGGUUCCAAAACAGGAGGAUGAAGUGGAAGAAGGAACAUAAGAUGGCCAGUAUGAAUAUCGUUCCAUACCAUAUGUCCCCGUACGGGCAUCCCUAUCAGUUCGAUUUGCAUCCUAGCCAGUUUGCUCAUCUUGCCACUUAACUAGAGUGGAACAUUUAAAAUGAUAGCGAUGUGUAUAUAUUAUAGUCCUGCAAAAUACAAAUUCGGAAUUAUACAGGGAUCAAUUACUUCUUAGGAAUCAUAGUUUUAGAUGUUUGCGCAAAAAGAAUCUUCUGGAAAAGUGUAUUGUUGUAUUCAAAAAUUUGUCGGUUGCCAAAAAGACGUAACGUUGGGAUCGUUUCCAACGAUCUGUUAAGUAAGUGCCGGUAGGACCUGGUCCAUUUCUCACGUUAUGUACUCGCCUCUUUGUUUGACAGGCGCGGGGUAAAUGCGAUUUGUUAUACAGACGCUCCAGGUAAAUGAUUUGGAGCAAGAUGGUACCUAUUAAUAUUAUUUUUCGCGACGCCGGGGACUUGCUUAAUACCCAAAUGGCCACAAGCCAAAACGGAAGAAUUUAAGAUUUAGAAUAAUAUUCACUUUUCCAAGUUAAUUUCUUUUAAUCAUUAAAACAUACCUCUCAUCCCCCAAAUAUUAAUCAUCUAAUCAGCUAAAAAAGAAGCUGACAAUUAUUGA